AUGAGUUAUUGGUGGUUGAAAACCUGUGUAAUUUUAAAUGGAUUUUGCCUUUGUUUUGGUCUAAACAGAGAUGAAAUUAUAUUUCACUACAACAAUACGUAUAAGUAUAAUGAGCCAUAUACAGUUGCAGUCAGUAAAAACACAGAAUACAUAAUGGAAUUUGGUGGUGACUUUGAAGCUUAUGAUACACCAGCACGGGUGACAGUUGCAAGUGAUUUUGCCAAUCAAACAUAUCCGUUGUUCAUAACAGCAAGGCAACAGAAAGGUGUGUUUUCAUGGCAGUUACCAAUGACAGUGCAAACCCUAAAUGGAUUGGAAAAGUUCACAAAUAUAUCAAGGACACUCUGUCCCCACAAUAAUAUAUUUUCAGAGGAUGAAGACACAUGUCAUAUGACAUCACUAAACACUCCAAUUGUCCAUCUUACAUCUUCAUCUCCGGAUCCUAUCAGUGUUACCAUACUAGUGGAGACAGUUGAAGAUUUUUACAUAAAACUCAACACAACAACAAAUUUAACCAGUACACCAAGCCAGCCUAAAUAUUACUUUUACCCAUUUGAUCAGCGCAAAAAUAAAAUUGUUGAUAUGGCAACACCGAGUGAGAGAAAGAAGUAUCUCUGCUCGGGUGAAAAGGGUCUUUUGAACCGUAACCUGGACAUAGACUAUGGAUGGUUGUCAAAACCAAAAAGUGUUAUUUUAAUGAUUGAAUCUGAUGAUGAUAUUUGUGCUCUUGUUUCGAUACAGAAUUUCGCGUGCCCAGUAUUUGAUAACGAAAGAGAUAUAUUGUAUGAUGGAUAUUACCUGACGAUGACUAGACGCGGUGGAAUCACGCUUACUCAAGACAUGUUCCCGAUAGGCUUUUACAUCGUGUUCAUAGUGAAGACCUCUGAUGAGGACUGUAGUGGUCAAUCCAUAUCUAAUGCAACUUUACCAAAAAUGGCUCAGUAUUUCGGAUGGGACGAUAAAGUGAGUGUACCAACAAAUGAUGGCAGAGUCAAGAGUUUCAGUCUCCGAGUGAUUGAAACAAUAUCAUAUAGAGAAUAUAUGAUAGCUGCCGGAACAGCUCUUGGGUUUUUCCUGUCUUUCUAUAUAGCUUUCAUAAUAGUGAUUGUAUGUCAAAGACGAAGACGAGAUCAUGAAACACUUCUGCCGCCAAUUACGCCGCACGACAAUUCGCAAGUGUCGUUUAUAAGACCAACACUAGAUGGCAGUAGCGGGAGUCGAUACUGCGCAGGCGAUCUACCCACUAAGACAGAUGGCAGUUCAUCUUCCGACACCGAUUCCGAUUUAUCGACUGUGGACGAUGUAAAUACUGAAAGUAAUUUAUACUUGCAAGGGAAUAAGCUGUGUGUCGCUAAUCUUUCUAGAUGCCGUCCACGUGUUUUGUCAGCGAGGUCUAAAAUGUACCUUUGGAAUGUUUUGACUGUCGCAGUGUUCUAUACGUUACCCGUAAUACAACUCGUCAUUACUUAUCAAAGGUUACUAAACCAAUCGGGAAAUCAAGAUCUAUGCUAUUUCAACUUCCUAUGCGCGCAUCCGCUGGUGGUUCUAUCUGACUUCAAUCAUGUGUAUUCAAACCUCGGCUACAUUUUACUGGGAUUCUUAUUCCUUAUAGAAGUUUGGAAUCGACACAGGAAAUAUGUGGAUGUCAAUCUCGGUAUACCCCAGCACUUUGGUCUUUUAUACGCGAUGGGAAUUGCUCUGGUCAGCGAAGGUCUCCUCUCUGCAGCGUACCACGUGUGUCCCAAUAGCAUGAAUUUCCAAUUUGACACGUCGUUCAUGUAUGUUACGAGCGUGCUGUGUAUGGUGAAGAUAUACCAAUCGCGUCACCCGGACAUCAAUGCGCGGGCGCAUGCCACAUUUGGAGUUCUUGCUUUAAUUAUAUUUAUUGGUUUGGUGGGAGUACUAAAUGCUAAUUUCUACUUCUGGGUGGCAUUUACCGUUCUUCAUCUGGUCACUUGCUUGGUGCUCACCUUCCAGAUAUAUUAUUUGGGCCGGUUUCGAUGGGAAGGGGCCGUGAUAUACAAAGCGCUGACCGAGUUCGUUCGGCAACCGUUAGCGGCCGUUACGCCCACGCAUUGUGGAAGGUGUGUGUUGCUAGUCAUCGCCAAUCUUGGUAACUGGGCGAUCGCUGCCUAUGGUGUAACUCAGCAUAGCCGCGAUUUCGCGUCUCAUCUUCUUCUAGUGCUGAUGAGUAAUCUGUUCCUUUACACACUAUUCUAUAUCGUUAUGAAACUCUUGCAUCGCGAAUCCAUCCGAUGGUAUAGCUGGGUGUUCAUCGCUUUGACAUAUACGGUGUGGUUCAGUUCGAGUUAUUUUUAUCUUGAUUUGAGUACUAACUGGGCGUUGACACCAGCGCAAUCUCGACAGAAUAACAAGGUGUGCAGUCUCUUACAACUCUACGAUUCUCACGAUAUUUGGCACUUUAUGUCUUCUACCGCUAUGUUUUUCUCCUUUAAUAUGUAUUUAACUAUUGACGACAGUCUCUCGCAUGUGCCCAGAGGGGACAUUGCCGUGUUUUAG